UUUCAGUCCACCAAUUUGCAGAGUGCAAACAGAACAAAACCGAAAACAGAAUUUGAAUUAAAACAUAUGCCGAAGCUAAUAAUCAAGCAACAUAAGAUGGAAGAAAUCUCCGGCGACAAAAACCACCGCUCACCGCCGCCGCUUACCGGUGAGCAGGAAUCCGCCGUCUUGGUCUCAGCCUUGAGGAAUGUCAUAAGCGGAACACCAGCGGAUUCCACGGCGGACAACCUCGGAUUUUUUACAUCCUUCAAUUUUCUCACCUCAUCCGCCGCCGCCGCCUCUUCGACCGGAGGCAAAGCUGACUUCCCGCCGCCUCUCCUAAGGUUACCCGAUGGCCCGACGUGUCAAUUUUGCGGAAUAUCAGGGUGCUUGGGCUGCAAUUUCUUUGGGACGGCGGAAGUUGAAGACAAGAAGAAGAAGAAUGUGAUAGGUACGAAGAGGAAGAAAAAGAAUUACAGGGGAGUGAGGCAGAGGCCAUGGGGGAAAUGGGCGGCCGAGAUUCGCGACCCGCGAAAAGGGGCCCGAGUUUGGCUCGGAACGUUCCAGACAUCUGAAGAGGCAGCUCGGGCUUACGACCGAGCUGCCGUAGAGUUCAGAGGUCCGAGAGCGAAGCUCAAUUUCCCCUACACUGACUACACAACAUCGUGGUCGCAUUCUCAUCAAGUACAACCUCUGCAGACAGAACACGACAACGUUAAUAAAAGGGGGAGUAAUUUGGCGGGAAAAUUGGAGGUGGAGACGAGCGGGGAAACGGAACAGUUGGAAUUUGCAGAGGAAGAGUGGGAAGAAUGCUGGAGAAUUAUGAUGAUGGAUUUCAAUGGCGAUUCUUGCGAUUUCACCAGCUUAUCAGCUUCUUCCUAAAUUGGGAAGAAGCUAUAUUCGUUUUGUCCAGUUUCGUUUUUGUAUAAACCUGGGCAUGUAAAAUAGUAAUAAUGAAAAUCAAUAAUAAAACAAAUUUGGUUUUACUCUGAUCUUCACUGAAAUUUUGUGAAUUUCCAGCCUUCUAUAAAAUUUCAAUGCAAUAUAAUUUUGGCUCGACAAAGAAAUUGCAAGUAAAGUAAAGGUUAUGUACGUCGAUGAUAAAGUUUUUUUGUUUUCGCUUUACAUAUGAUGAGGACAUUACUCGGUAUUUAAUUUAUGAUCUAUUGUAAUAAAGUGCUUCCGAG